AGGAGUCUACAACAAGUUGUAAGGAAGUAUACCUCGAGCUCGAACCUCGUCCAUUUGUCUCCUGCUAGACAGUCUAAUUCGCACCUGCAUUUAAUAUCUCUUCUUUGUUAAACGCGCACCACUGCUCUCAUCUGUUCACUCGCGAUUCGUCCACAAUGUCGAAUGUUCAAGAAGAGACCAAACAGGUUGAGCAGACCGCUCCAAAGAUCGUGGAAUCAAAGAAUGACAUCGCCGCGGUAGAGCAGAAGGACCAAGACACCACACCGACCGCGGCCGCUGCGCAGUCCCCCGCUACAACCUCCGCAAAUUCCUCUCCGGUCGAAGUUAAGGAGGCGGAACAGACUAACAAGCGACCGGCGGAACAAGCUGCCGAGGCUGUGAACAAGCCAGAAGCAGAGGUCGAGAACAAGGACAACUCUUGCUGCGCGACGGGCGCGUGCGAAGAAACAACUAAGGCCGACGAGGAGAAACCCUCUGAAGCGAAGAUGGCAGAACCGGCGGCAAAACUGCGUAAAACCGACGAUGGAAAGGCCGUCGAUGACAAUCGCAUGCAGGAGAUCAAAAAACAGGUAUUGAAGGAUUUUUCUCGACGUUUGGGCGUUUAUUUCAUCAUGAUGUCCCGCCGAUGAUGAAAUUGUAUUGCAGACACACCUACCCUGGUAGAACCUUUUCGUGGAGUGACUGGAGGGAGUUUCCCCCCGUCCGUUUGUGUAUAUGGGCUGGCAGAUCCCUAGAAGCUAAUGCCUGGAGUUGUUGGUCUUCCGCCCCUCUGAGUGGGGUCGGGGAAGGAGCCAACGCGGACGUAGUCCGCAGAAUUCGCUGGAUAGUUUGCUUUGUGAUGGAUUCACAUCGUUUUUGUGUUCUAAUGGAUGGUAGCUCAUGUGCUCUGAGUGCACCACAGUGCCAUUCCGCCAUUGUGGGCGCCUCCCAGCGGGGAGGGGGGUUUGGGAAGUUCGCGUUCUAAUGAAUGGUAGCUCAUGUGCUCAGAGUGCACCGCAGUGCCAUUCCACCAAAGAGGGUGCUCCCCAGCGGGGGAGAGUUAGUUCGGAAAGACCUUUGAGGGCACCGCCAGGGAGAGCUCCCUCCAGCAGGAGGGGUUUGCGGAGAUUCAUCGUGGGGCGAGGUCCCAGUGGGGAGACGUAAAAUGUUGCUGGGCUGUUUCGGAUGGAUCCUGCUUUACUGUAGGAGGAACAGGAGCGCGGACGUACAGGAGUCCAUCACGACAGAAGUUUUCGGCAUACUUCGUAUGAAUGCCUGCUCUUAUUUUUAGGGCCUAACGGGGGCGAAGUCGCUCGUGUGGAUUUAGGCACCGGUGGCAGGACCUAUUUUGCGUUGAAGGAAGGUCUAUCGUAUCAGGAUCCUGGUUCGCCGCGUAGACUCAGGGCGCCACAGGAAGCAGUGGCUAGCCACGGGAGGGGCCCCAGCGAGAGCCAGGGGGGUACGCAGGUGCCAGGCGAGGGCAACAGCUUAGUUGGAGAGCUGCCCCUGUGCACAUAGGUAUUGUUAGUUUUGCCAGUGCCCGCCGGUCGAGGUGAACUUCCCUACGGGGACGGUCCCAGAGGCACUCUACCGCGGAGUUGCCGACGCCGCUAGGUUUGGAUAUAAGGGCGGCUCCAACGGAGCAGGGGCCGCGGGGAUUGCUCUACAAGGCAUUUACCAGCUUCGCUCUUCCAGUGGCUUCGGGGCCUGAGGUUUGAAGUCCUGCUUGGCGGGGAUUGUCUGGGGGGCCCCCGACGUUCAGUUAGCCUCCGCGCGGGGGGAUUUGAGGGCUUCUGCACCAGGGGAGCUCCGCUCCGUCCUCGGUCUCGCCUUGCUUUGGGAACAGGGGUCGUUUGGCACUGGCGGUAUCCAAUCCGUUACCCUUGCGAACUUGUUCCCAGGCUGGGGCUGGUGGUUCGGUGUCUCACUCCUUCGCCCGUCCUCUGUUCCCAUUGCCGGGCGGGGCCGAGGUUUCUUCUUUUUGGUUCUUUACCCGCACCAGAAUUUGUCUGUGGUACGUGCGUUGAUGUUGCGGUAUGGUCCCGCAUGGCUGGGAUUGAGCGGGUCUCGCUACUCGUGGAACCCUUGCGGGGAUGGUGUUCGUGUUGGGGGGAUCACCCACGUCGGGGUGUAGACGUACAAGAGGGCCUCGCGCUUGCCCGGGCCUAUUGGCGGAGAGGCCCGCUGGUGGUUCUGGUUUCCUAUUGGUCCGUUACAGGAGUACGGCUCUUACCACGUCGACUCCAACUCCAUACCUUCGCUUUUGGUCGCUCGCUUCUGAGUUUGGGCGUUUUCAUCAUGAUGUCCCGCCGAUGAUGAAAUUUUUUGGAAGUGUCACGUCGAUUGCAAGAAUCACAUGAAAAUUUUUUGAGUGUGAUUUGAUAUCCGUUCGGGUUUAUGCAAUACAAAUUCAACCAAAUUUUCGAGGUCGAGUACUACCUGUCCGACAAGAAUCUGAAGCACGACUAUCCGAUUUAAAAACGUCCCCACCCCAUAGUUGUAAUGCAAAUCUGCAUGCUGAAAAUGUUUCUCAUGCGGAGCCCCAUGAGAAGCAUUUUCCAAUCGUGUUUUGAAAUUAAUCAUGCUCCAAUCAGCAUGGUAUGCUAGAUCUGUGAUGCUGCUGAGCUAGCUCAAACAGCACUAUACUACGAAUCCGAAUUUGUCCAAAACUUGUGGAUUUGUCUAGCCGAUUCCCCAUCUUGACUCUGGUGUGGGGACGUUUUUACUCAGGAUAACGACGAGUUUUUCCACAACAAGAUUUCCCAGGAGGAAAACGGUUUCCUGGAGAUGGACGACAUCCUGAAAUGCAACAACAUCAAAAACAAGCUGAUGGUACGCAGUUUUCAUCUUGUAAAAUUGACAGUGAGUCACCUUUUUUCGACAAUGUCAAUGCUUCAGAUCCCGCAGUAUGGGUAUGUAUGUCAAGUCGUUGUUGCACUUGCAGUGAUCACCUUGUCCGUUACGACUACUUACCACGUCUACCAUUUACUCAUCACUCCAGGUAACCGACGGCGCAGAGAUCUGCACUGCUCUGAAGAGCUCCGCAACGGUCGAGUGCGUGUGUGAAAACGAGAAGAUGCGAAUCCGCCGAAAGGACGGCAAGAAAACCCUGCCGAAGUUGGAGCCGCGCCCGGCCAAGGGCAAGGGAAAGGGGAAGGGAAAGGGCCAGCAGGUGCAGGACACCACAAACAUCAUUGACACCAUGCAGUUCGAAAAAGACAUCUUCAGAUCUGGCCCGGUUUUGAGGUAAAAUCUAUAAUGAAGUUGGUGAUAACAUCUUAAUCUUUCACACUACGUUGAGCAUGAAACAACAACUAUUGGACCUUUUAUAAUUGCUGCACCUGCAUACUCAGCAUACGCUAAGACUCAGAGUAAGCUUUCCUAAAUCCUAUCCCCCCAAGAACUACUAGAAGCAGCUCCACCGGACACAAUUCAAUCCCGAAAAAACAGAAUCACCGACCUUCCGGAGGGUAUGCAGUGGAACGAGGUGAAGGGCGCUUUUUUGACGUACGUGAAAGAAAACAAGGACAACAAGGACUGUGCCUUCAGUCAGGCGAAGGUCACGGGCCAGCACGGCGGCAAGGUGAUGUCCGUUUCUAAGGUGUUGAGGGAGGCGGACAACGGGAAGGCCAUCGGGGUCAUCAGCAAGGACGACACGACGGCGGGCCCGAGAACCGUCUACGUCAUGAUCUCCGGGUUCCCGGGGGACAUUUCGUAUUUCAAAAACAACAUGACGGAAAUCAAAAUCGAAUUCAGAAAGAAGGAGGGGGAAGAAGCGAAAGGUACAACUUCGUGAACACUUUUGUCAGAAAUGGAAAUGUGCUAGUCGUGCAUCUAAGAGUCUUCUUUUGGCAUUCUUGCUUUUCGAUUUCGAUAUAUGCAAAUCAUCGUCAGGCGCUAGUUAUUCACGCACCAGUUUCUGAGCUGCUGCGAACAAAGUUCACAAAAGUCAUGUGUUGGGGUGGAAACCCUUAAGCGUUCCAUGAACUACAUAAAAGAAACCCCCUAUUAAAAAAUCCAAACCAGACCCGAUCAUCCGUCCGAUCCAAGUGGUGACGGACAUCAAGCCGCUGAACAGCCUGUUUGAGAACCCGGAGGUGAUGAAUAAGGAGCAGAAGGAGCGCCGCAAGCGCGUGGCCCACGAGCGCAGCAAGCAGCAGCGCGAGAAGGGCGAGGGCAAGAUUGUCGUGGGAAAUGUGAUGACCUUCGAGAACCUGCAGAAGCUGAAGGCCCACGUCCGCCAGAUUCAGCAGGCCCGGAAGGACGGGGACGUGCUGGAUAGCACCAAGAAGGACUUCAAGCUCAUCGCCACCCUGCUGGACGCGCACCCGCGCGGCAAGGCCAAGAAGGAAAACAUGUCGGGGCUGAAGAUCGACAUCUCCGAGCAGGGCAACAACCGCUGCUUCUGGGUCAUGAAAAAGGACGGCUCCAAGGAAGAUUUUUCCAUGAUCAAAAUCUACGACGAGCUGGAACGGAACGUGAAACUCCUGGCCGACGCAAAAGCCCCGGUUAUGGAGGCGGAGGAACAAGCACCUGCUGGUUCCAGCUCUGCAGCUUCGGCUCCUGCGGAGGUCGUCGCAAAGGAAGGCGAACACAAGGAGGCCGCAGCAGCUGUUGUCAAAAUUACGGAGGAAGGUGAAGCUGCUGCUGCUGCACCGACUCCCGCUGCUCCGGCCGCAGAAGAGGCGAAGAAGCCCGAGGAGGAAAAGGCUGCUGUUGUUGAUGCUCCGAAGAAAGAAAAGGCUGACGAAAAAGAUGCGGAAAUGAAGCCGGCGGGAGCUGCUUAAAAAGUCUUUUUCCGCUGUACAUGACGAACAAGUGAAAUACUUCCUAGACGACUGAAGGAAAUCCCUCGACUUGCACACAGUUUCCAAGAACCUGUUGCUUCUGAAACUACUUGAUGCGCGCUUCUUUCAGACUUUCUCUUUGCACUCUGCCUUUCGCGACUUCUUUAUCGCAACAAGAACAAAGAACAAAUGAUAACUCAACAUCCCAUAUAACGAACGCAUUUUUUCACGUUAUUUGAAAACGUAUGUAUCUCAAACUCAAUCUACCUAUUGUAAUGAUCGCAACCUCUAGAGCUGAUGGUGACCACGCAUCUAGAAUGUAGCGAAACUGAGCCAGCGAUGACAUUUUGUCGCUGCGGCUUCUGGGAAGCGGUAGACGAAGAUUGUACAACUGCGUGUUACAACACCACUACCACCGAUGGCACUACUACAUGUACAUCUUCGAACAAGAUGAGGAGCAAGCAAGUUCUUCACACAGCGAAUCUUAGUUUAAUGCCUGGAACUGAAAAUAGUGCAAGUACAAAAUGAAUCGCGCGCAAUUUUUUCACGUGCCGUGAAUGACUUCACUACAUAAAGGAAAAAACAAUGUUGAGAUGAUGCCUCGGUGGUUUUUUCCUCGAGGCGCAGACGACGACUCGAU